UGCAUCAAUUUCAUUAAAAAACGUAUUGGAUGAAAACAAUAAGAGAAAAAUUUGAGAAAAAUGGCUGAAAAAAUUGAAAAUUCAGAUUCAAAGGAAUUUUCAGAUUUAAAUGUGGGCCGUGAAGAGAUUGUAGAGACUGAGGAAGCGGUCAACAUUUCCAAAGAAAGUAUUGCCGAACGUGUAAAAAGAAUGUUACCACCAAAUAGUUCGAAUCAUGAACAAAACUCCAUUCAAAAUUUUGAUGCACGAAGUGGAUCUGGGCAAAAUCAAAAUUUCGACGAAGCAACUUGCUCUGUGUUCAAUAACAACGAAUCAGACAUCCAAUAUAAUCAUGUUAGCUGCUCGGACGAUCAUGUAAGCUGCUCGGAAGAAACAAGACUCAAUGCAGAGAUCGAAAAAAUGCAGCAUGAUCAUGAUAUAAAGAUCGAAAAACUGCAGCAUGAUAAAAUUAUCGCAAAAAUGCAGCGUGAUAAAAUUAUCGCAAAAAUGCAGCUUGAUAUAAAUAUCGCAAAGCUGCAGCAUGAUAAAAUUAUCGCAAAAAUGCAGCAUGAUAUAAAUAUGGAAAAACUGCAAAAAAGAAAAAGAAUAAUUGAAUAUAAAAUACAAUUGUUGAACGAAAAAAAGAAAAAAAAAUCAAAAUAGAUUAAAAUUAAUAAUUUAAUCAAUUAAUUAAUUGUAGGGAAAAUUUGUACUGACUCACAUUUAUACUAUAGGUGUAAGAAAAAAUAUCAUAAAUCAACAAAUAAAAAUACCGCACCGUAUGCAUCAUUCGAGAUAAGUUUUAACUCCAUUGUUUUUUUUUAAUAGGAAAAAUAUAUCCUCAAUAUAUUGAUCACACAAAACAAUUUCAAAAUCUCUUGACAGAUUAUAAACAGAGAUCCCUAUUGAAAAAAAAACAACAAUAUUGAAAUCAAAACAAUUUUCAUGCGUUACUAAAUGUCAAUGUUUACAAAGGAUAAACUAAUAAUUGAAAUCAUAACAUCAUGGAUAGUGUUGCACUGGAGAAAAAGAUAACAGCCAAAAUAGCACAAAAUGGCAAAGCGAUUGUCACGAGUCUUUUGAAUGAGUCUCGUUUGCAGGAUCGCAGUAAAGUGUUCGUGAGCCCAGAUUGUCAACAGAUCAAAAUUGUGCCAUCGAAAGACUAUGAUUUUUCGCACUAUUUAAUUCUUCAGCUGGAGAACGAUUUGAACGUAUCGAUUUUGGAACACAGUCUGCCGGACAAUGAAAAGUACUUCAAACCAUUGGGAACAAUCGAAACAUAUUCGGCCACUUUUUUCAGUUUGCUUGAACAAACGGUGGAAUUUUACAGACAAAUGGAAAUUAUCGAUGAGUUAUGUUAUGUCGUUGAUCCAGAGGAAAUUACUACAAAGCAAAAUUAUCGUGUGAUCAAAUUGGACGACAGAGUUUACAUGAAAAUCAAAGUAAAUCCGUUAGAUCCUGCUUCUGUAACAACAACAUUUUAUGGACCAACUAAGAGAGUCGAACACUAUCGCAAGAUCUACCACGAAAAACUCGAUGACUGGAACAUUAACGAUGAUAUAUACAGAAAUUUUCUGAGAAUUUUCGAUUUGAUGGCAUUUCCUCAAAAAAGUUCGUUCAACAACUGUGGAAUGGGAGAGCUGUGCAGUAUUUGUUACACUUAUCGUUUUGCCGGCCAAAUUCCCAUUGUAUCCUGUGAUAAUGAUAAAUGCGCAUUGAACUACCAUACAACAUGCCUGAAGACUUGGUUUGCUACACUUCGUGAUACGAAGGUGUUUCUGAAUAUGACAUCAGGUCGAUGUCCAUCUUGCAAAGAGAAAUUAUCAACGGCAUUCAACGAUUUGUUAGAUGAAUGAAAACCAGUACCGGUGCUCUUCGUAAAUCAGUCGCUUCAUCUUUAUUCAUCCACAUCAUCGUCAUUCAUUUUUGAAUUUUUCGAUACCCAAAAAUAUUACGGUGUAUCGCUUGAA